AAAGCUUAACCCUAAACAUAUGAGAAAUACAGCUAAAUUGCAUUGGUCACUUAAAUUACUAGUAAAUUUCACGUUAGUCGCUAGAAUUACUUUAUUCCAUCCGUAGUCACUUAACUUAGGUUAACAGUUCAAGUUUGGUCACUGGCCGAUAGUCUCCAUUAAUUCGUUAUUGCAUACUUUCUGGAUCGAUCAAAAUCUUACAUGUUACUAACGAUGAUCAAAUUGAUGAUGACUUUCACCAAGUCUUUGCCAAUAUUUGUGUUUUCAGACUAAUCUCCCGACUAAAUUUAGCAUUUUUUGUAUUUGCAAUUAUCUGCAUAAAUUUUGCCAUUGCUUAAGCCGCUGGUUAUAGCAUAAAGUAUUUUCCGAUUGUAAAUGCACUAAGAUUAAAUAAAUAAAUAUUCCAUAAAAAUAAAAACGGCCAAAACGGCAAAAAUGAAAAUGUCUUGUCUUGUUUCAGUUCUAAAACUACAGACAGAGAGAGAGAGAGAGAGAGAGACUGCAUUCGUUCCCUAGCCGAGUUGGUCUAAUUGAACGAACCUCUCUAUUCGCUCAGUGAAGAUUCAUUAGUCGUGGAGAAAGUCUCUUUUCUGGCUCUGCUGAUGGCGGCAUCAGCUGUCAAAGUGAGCAAUGUCUCAUUGGGAGCAACUGAGCAAGACAUAAAGGAGUUCUUUUCUUUUUCUGGUGAAAUUGAGUGUAUUGAUAUGCACAGUGACACUGAGCGCUCUCAAAUCGCAUACAUAAGAUUCAAAGACUCCCAGGGGGCCGAGACUGCAAAAUGUCUAUCGGGAGCAACAAUUGUGGAUCAGUCAGUUAUCAUAGAAUUGGCUCCAGACCACCAGUUUCCUGUGACUGCUACAGUCUAUUCUAACCCAAACGAGAACAGCAAUGGAAGUGGUGGAGCUGAAUCUUCUUCAGCCAUCCAGAAGGCGGAGGAUGUAGUCAGCAGCAUGCUGGCAAAGGGCUUCUGCCUGGGUAAAGACACAGUGAAAAAGGCCAAGGCCUUCGAUGAAAAACAUCAACUCACAUCGACUGCAUCGUCCAAGGUUGCUUCACUUGAUCAGAAGAUUGGUCUGAGUGGGAAAAUCAGCGCGGGGACCACUGCUGUGAACGAGAAAGUGAAGGAGAUGGACGAGAAGCUGAAGGUGUCGGAGGCAGCCAAGGCAGCAUUCACAGCUGCUGAACAGUCGGUGAGCAAUGCUGGAUCGGCCAUCAUGAAGAACCGGUACGUGCUGACGGGAACCUCAUGGGUUACUGGUGCAUUUGGUCGGGUGACGAAAGUUGCAGGUGAGGUAGGACAGAAGACGAAGGAGAAAGUGGCGGCUGAGGAAGAAGGAGCUAAUAAGGCUUCAGGUUACGUUCCCAUUUCAUGACUUGCGUGAGCCAUAUAGGUUGGUUGUUUUGGACUUGGGUUUGUACUGAAAUCUUCGUGUCAGAAAUGGAUGUUCCAGUUGCUCGUGUUGUUGGUUAAGAAUGAUGAUUGUGUUUUGCCAUAUAUUAUAGUCUCCAACAUACUAAAGAUCAAUUCAAGCAGGUUUCUCUUUCUGAUACGCUUUGCGUUGGUCUGGUGGUGGCAUUUUCAUGCAGCAUUGUACAAGUUUGAUGCUUGAUUUAAUUCAAUAUAGUUUCCACAUGACUCAUACUUGCACAUCUCGAAUGUUUAUGGCUUCGUUUAGAGCUAAAUGACGGUUAUUCAAAUUACAUAAAUUUUUUGUACUCGUUACUAAUUAUACGAUUCGUUUUACCGUUAAUCAUCGGUCGUAAGAUUUUGUCAAACUUUGUUAAUGUCGUCAGAUUUUUGAUGAUGUGGCAAAUGAGUAAACUAACCCACAAGUUAAGCGCUGGCGUGGAAUUGGUGGGAAAAAUAACAUUUUACCCUAUUUUGUCUCUACUCUUUACCAUUUAGGAGGAAGAAAACAUUGCCCACCAGUAAAAGCAAUUCCCAAUCUCUUUUUCGUUCUUUCUCUUUCAUCUUAAACAUUUCCUCUAUUAAAGGGCAGACAACACCAAACACCAAACACCUUUACCUUUCUUUUCCUUAUUCUUCCUUCUGUCUUCUUUCUCCUCCUCUUCAAUAACUUGUGCUCUGUGGAAGAAGGCUAUAUGAGUCUGGCUAGCUCAUGUUGCCGUUGUAGGUACCCAACAGAUUUGAGGACUAGUUGAACAGAUGUAAAUUCAGGGCGGAGGUUCUAUGUAUGUAGCAAGUUUGAGGUAAGACUAUUUUGAAUCCCCUUCCUUUUCGUGCUUUUAUGAUCUUUUGUUUUGGUUUAGCUUCUGACCAUUCCUCUCUCUCAUUGUGAUUUGUUAUGCAUACAAACAUAGCAUGCAAUUAUUUUAGAUGAUAUGAACCAGCUCUUGAUGAGCAUAUGAGACACGUUAUGUUGAAGUUCCAUCGUCGUAUUCGAGAUCUAGAGAGAAGGCAACCAAGGAGAGAGUACAAAAUAAGCGUCAAAAGGGAUUGCAUUUUCACUAUGAUGCUAGUUGAGUUUUAGUGGGGAAGUCUUACAAGGUGAUGCUAGUUCCUCUAUAGUACAAGUAAAAUUUCCAAUGUGUUCUUAAGGGGACACAUACAGCUUCUGACACCCCUUAAUUUCAUUGACCCUCCACAUGAGUUGAGGUAUAGGAACUUCUAGCUCUUUCCCAAUCCAUAAGGGCCUAAUGCUCUUUACAACUCUCCACACCAGAAAAUCAUAAAAUUAAUUGUUUGCAAGAGAAGAAAAUAAUAAUAAAAAAAAUGUUUGUGUUUGUGAGGCAAAGGUGCCUAAAGGGUAUAUCAAGUUGAAGGAAGAUGCAUUCAAAGCUCAAAAUCAUUUAUCAAAAGCUUCAUCGUUGUGUUUUGAGACUGUAAUGCAUGAUUGGUUGUUUAUGCUUGAAAUGGAUUGCGUGAUGUUCUUGCAUGUUGAUGUGCUUAUGAUUCUCUCAUGCUAUUGUUUACCUUGAAAGUUACAUAUGAUCCACUACCUAAGAUCGAGAUUGAGUGAUGUUCUUUGAUUUCCUUUGAGUUGUAUGAUUGUGAAUAGUGUUUGCUUGGAGACAAACAAAGUUCAAGUGUGGACUGUGGAGUAUUUCUGAUGACACUCUAUUUAUAGUGUUUAUCACUCCCAUACUUGAUAUAUUUUCCCCUUAUAUCAAGCAUCUUUGGGUGGAUUUUAUUAUAGUUCAUAUGGAAUUCAUAACUAUUUGAUUUAUGAGCUUAUGAUAGACCUUGAGCGUAUUUUUGUACUGUUUUAUGCCUUUUGGUUUUGUUUUGUGCGUUUGAAGGAGAUAAGACACUCAAGACGAAUAUGGAUCGGCAAGCAACCCAAUGGAUCAGAAGGAGGUCAAGGAUACAAGCUCAUAGGCUCAAACGAAGACAUAUAUUAACACCGAAAGCUCAAGUUAUGGACAGGCGAAUAGUAUUUUGAAGAGUAUACAGGUCAAACAAAGUCCAAAUGAGCUGAAAUUUGAGGAGCAUGCACAUGAACCCAAGAGUAAGUUUCCCACAAAAAAUGGGAUUUGGAGAAGAAAACCCAGUGGCGGAUACAACCGUGUGGGGCCGCAGCAAAUGCCCUAGCUUCUAGAAGAUUUCCCAACAAGUUACUUUUUCCACGAGUUGAAGGAAACCGACUUCAAUUCGGAUAAUGAAGGAUUUUAACGACUUUAGGAGAAAAAGACUAUAAACCACAAUUCUAUAACUAGUAUAAAUAAGAGGCUAGACUACAGGUUUGACUCACACCUUUUACCAGCACUCUGCCCCUGGGGCACAAGUAGCAAUCCAUAGAGAGAGGAGGCAAAGCCCUGUUGGAGUUCGAUGAUGAUGAUUCACCAUCGAUGUUCUUCAUCUUUUUUAUGUCUUCCUACUAUCCUUUGUGUUGCUAGUCUAUAUGUUUAGGGAUGUGAUUUAAUGAUGUUUAUGUACUAUACUCGAUGAUUUAAUGAGAUGUCUAUUGUGUUCAACGAUCUUAUAAUCGAUGCUUGAUUUGAUUUAUUCUUGUAUCAUCUAUUGCUUGAGAUUUUUUAUGCUUGUUCUUUGUAUGCUUUAGAUUGUUGAUGCUUAUGAUUCUAUUAUGUGAUACUAUAUUCAUUGUUUAUACUACCAUCAUGGGAGACAAGGAAACUAAUCUCAUAUAGUAGGCAUCAUCCUUAGAUGAUGCUUGAUCCUUAGAUCACCGAAGCUAUACACCAUAGAUUAUCGCUCAAGAGGCCCACACUUAAUCAUGUGUUAUCCUAACUUACUUGUUCUUCAUCUAUUAGGCAAUUUCAUGAAGUGAAAGCAAGUGUUAGUUAAUCAAAUCUAUAUUGCAAGAUGCUCAUGCACGGGUAGAAAGUGACAUUAAUGGAAGGGAUGUGGCAUCUUAGUAUAAGACGAAUUGAAGUAUCUAGAUAAUGAGGAUGAACACAUCAUCAUCUAUAAUCAUUAACUAAAUAUCACUUUUUUCUUGUAUUUUUGUGGUUUGUAUUAGUAGUAUAGUAGUAUUUCGACUUCAUUCAAGGAUAUCUCAUCCCACUUUGUUUUACUUUAUGCAUUCAUUAUUCAAACACAUCUAGUUAGCUUUGAGAAGUUACUACCAAAAGAACUUGUUUUAUACAACCCUAAGCAUCUGUUUACACCUAAAAAGCUGGAAACAACAUCUUUAGGAUUAUCGUUUGUUUAUACAUCAAGUGCCUAGAGGAGAAUAGUGGGUGUGUGCUUGGUUUUGGAUGACCGGAAUUCGAUGGAAUUGUCAGAACUCGUCGGAAGCGUCAUUUUCCUGCGAGAAUUCAGAGAAUUUUGUCAUCUGGGCUAUGGUCACGGUCGAAAGGGUUUCAGGGCCUUAUAUACUCGCCUGAUGGGGAUUCUCAUGGUUUUGGUGUAAAUUUUACGUACAGACCAUGAGAUCAACACGAAACCAUGAGCCCAAGACUAAACGGGGAGUUUUGGUUCAAACUUCACGACUAUGUAAAAUGUCACGGGCUAAGACCGUGACAAAUACAGACAAUCCGUGAGGUUUGUCAUCGACAAGAAGCUCCAUUGCAUCUUGUGGGCUAGUGCAAAUGUCACUGCCUGGACUUCAUGAACAGUGCACUAAAACCGUGAACUUUACACAAUUUCAUUACUUGGUCAACUUCAAGGACGGAGCCAGCUUGUACUUUGUUGGAGGGGGGGGGGGGCAUUAGAUUUAGAAAUAACUAAAAUCCUAAGUACAUGACACACUAAGUUUGCGGUGGAGUGGUGGUCUGAAGGCUUAGCUAAUUUUAGUUACGAGGGGAAGGUUUCUUGUUUGAACCCUGCCUUUUAAAAUUUAAACUCAUUUUAAUUAUUGGCACUUCUUCUCCUUUUUAAAAUUUAUAAUCUCAUUUUAGUUAUUGGCACUUCUUCUCCACCUCAAUCAUCAUAGUUGAUGAGUGGUUACACGACCCAGCCUUUCGCCUCACAAUUUCUAAUAUUAACCGUCUACAUAUUAUUUAGUGUCUCACUUUCCCUUUUCUAAACUAUGGAUUUCAUUUAGUGACUAUAACUCCUUCUCCUAAUUGGUGAAAAAAAUGUAUUAGUGUUUGGUGGUUAUGGGACAUAAAUGAUAUUAGAUGUG